CCACCAUACCAUGAUUAAAAUAAUGCUAACUGUGCUCUGUCUGUGCGGUCACGUGACGUAACUGGACCGUUCUACAUGACAACAUGUCAGGUUGCUAAAUUAGCUAGUAAGCUAGCUGUACUUAGCUGACCAAAAGAUGUGGCUAGAGGAAAGUCCCGGUCUGCUACGUGCCAGCGAUAAAACGACCAUGGUUUUAGAGCGAUGAAUCGACUAUGUCAGAUAUUCUAAAGACAACCCCGGACACAGACGACAGGAAAACGCCCCUGCCAUGGCAGCUGGUGUCAGCGUACUGACUGACCUGCCUUACUCCACGAGUGGAGUGAUCAGCACAGAGAUGGAGACAGCCAAUGCUAGGGUCCCUACAGCAAAGUACACCAAGAUGGGGGAGACCCUGAGGCACGUCAUCCCCGGUCACAUGCAGUGCUCCAUGGCCUGUGGAGGGAAAGCCUGUAAAUACGAGAACCCCUCUCGCUGGAGUGACGAGGAGCAAGCCGUCAAAGGUCUUUACUCGUCCUGGAUUACUGACAACUUGCUAGCUAUGGCAAGGCCUUCCACCGAAAUCAUAGAGAAAUAUAAUAUAAUUGAGCAAUUUCAAAGGUGUGGUUUGAAGACGGUCAUUAACCUGCAGCGGCCCGGAGAACAUGCCAGCUGCGGCAACCCACUGGAGCAGGAGAGUGGUUUCACUUAUCGACCCGAAACAUUCAUGGAGGCAGGCAUUUAUUACUACAACUUUGGGUGGAAGGAUUAUGGUGUGGCAUCUCUGACUACAAUCCUUGACAUGGUGAAAGUCAUGUCAUUUGCUGUCCAAGAGGGGAAACUGGCUGUCCACUGCCAUGCCGGUCUUGGAAGAACAGGUGUGUUGUUUGCUUGUUACUUGGUUUUCACGUCCCGGAUGAGCGCUGACCAAGCCAUCCUGUUUGUGAGAGCCAAGAGACCCAACUCCAUUCAGACCAGAGGCCAGCUGCUGUGCGUCAGGGAGUUCGCCCAGUUCCUGGUUCCUCUCCGAAGUGUCUUUUCCUGUGCAGAACCCAAAGCAAGUGCUGUUACCUUGUCCCAAUACCUUACCCGGCAGCACCACCUCCUGCACGGCUACGAGGCUCGACAGAUGAAGAAUGUGCCAAAGAUCGUCCAGCUGGUGUGCAGGCUCCUCGUCGACAUCGCAGCCAACAGACAGGUGGUGACAGAGGCGGAGUGGCUGGAGAUCCCUGACCUCACAGCCGAGGUGGAGAAGACCGUGUCCCAGCAGGCCCUUCAGCAGCUCGGGAAAGAGAUGAGAGGGAAGGGGAUUCCUGUUCCACCUUGUUCAUCUCAGCAUCUCAGCCCACCUGCUCUGCAGUCCAGACCUCCUCAUGAUCAACCUCUCGCCAGUGAUAUCGAGCUUGACCCUCUGUGGAGGCAGCAGAAUGUAGAGAGCCCUCUGAGAUCCUCUCUGUCCAACAACAGGACCCUCAGUUACAGCGAUUCUGUCCUUCACAAACUUGGACCACGGCAGCACCGUUUAGGAAAUCUGAAGAGCAACAAACCAGUCAACUGCCUGAUCAAACAUUCUUUGUCUCACAGCAGCCUUAUAGCCUGUAACCCCCCCAAAUGGUGUGACCUCUCUCCUCAGGGCAUUAUCAGCAGCAUUCAGGACCCCAUUACAGAAGCAAAGCAAGACACUGGAUCCCCCCUUUUAAAAAAGCAGCUACACAAGAGGCAUCAGAGUUUGUCCUCAGAUCUGUCCGAGCAGGGAAGAAAAUCCCACUGUAACGCCUUAACAACCAAGAGCAAACUGGUAACCAAUGAGGAGCAGCCAAAUGUGGAUCUGUCAGCGGGUGGAGCAGACAGAGGGAAUGUCACAGAGGUUCCCUUCAUCACCCUCCAGUCCGAGCUCUCCCCAGAGAGGAGAAGUCUGCUGGUAGCCAAAGCUCUGGCCCUGGACCUGACAGACACGGAUCUCACCUCCAAGGUCUCUAUGUGGCAGACAGAGCUGAACUCCAGAGAGGGAGCGUGGGAGAGGCUGUGCAUGGAGAGAGAUCCUCUGGUCCUCUCCAGUCUGAUGUGGUCAUGGCUGGAGCAGCUCAAGGAUCCUGUCAUCAGCAGUGAGGAUAUAGAAGCUCUCAGUGAGAAGAAUGUAAACCCACAGAAGGCCCUCGACUCACUGGAAAAGGGCCACCGACUCACUUUGCUGUGUAUCCUCGACUGUGCUGCUCAUCUCCUGCCAAUGCCUGAAGAAGAGGAGACUAGAUUUCUUAACCAAACAAUACAAGUGUUGACUAAGACUGACCCUGCCUCAGAGAAGAACGAGUCUUUGUACACGACACUGAAAGCAAUCCUGAGUCCCAUUCUUCAUGAGCUGCAUGACAAAGCUGUGGAGGACAAUGAAGACUCCUGAUCUAGCUUCAUCAGGAGCGCUCUGAAAGAGGAAGACUCACAAACAGGGUUCCACUCUUAAUGUUUGGGCAUUACUGUAUUUUAAGCCAGUUCCUUGCAUCAGAUACUGCUGAGAUCUGCCAAUCUUUAGUCUUUCAAGAUAUUUGAAGACUAUGUAAUUUGAAGGUUUAGCAUUUCAUUUUUCUUUGAAGCUCUUAAUAGACUCUAAGCACUGCCAUUCUUUAUGCUAAUGUGCCACUGUGCUCAGUUUGAAAGCAUUUGUUUGUCAUCUGUAUAUUCUACUGUAAUAUUUGUGAGGGACUAGAUGUUGUUUUUAUUAUCUGUUAGUUGGUAGAAAAAAUGUUCUCAUGAUGUUAAUGUAAUGUUAUUUAAAUGUUUAACUCAGCUGACAAAGCUUUUUUUGGGGGGGGGUCUUAUUUAAACCAAAAGAUGUUUUUACACUGUGCAGAUGCUACAAUGUGUCUUAUUUAUUCAGAUAUUGUUAUUUGAAAUGCAGCAAUUGGUUUAAUAACUAUAACCCGAUGACAAGUUGCAAGGUUGCUUUGUUGAUAUAGAAUGUAAGGUGUUUUCUCAGUCAAAUGCAAACUGCGGCUAUUGUUAUGGCAAUGCAAAUUCGACAGGCCACAGUGCAUUUGCUUUUCCAAUCAAUUUUAUGUCCUUAAUACUGCGUGCACCAAAAACCUCUCACUGUACUGUUCUGUUGUACAUGCAUUUGUAAAACAUCAAUCUGCCUCCACUGUUGCAUUUAGCAAAAUGCUGUCUGCCUCAACUCAGAAGGCCUCUGUCUGGACUCUGUGUCAUGCUGCUGUGUGUAACGUCGCCUCGCCUGUGUGUGCGUGUGUGUGUGUGCGUGUGUGUGUGUAGCUGUUGAGACGAGUCAGUGGCCCCCUCUCACCUCAUAAGUCUCAUAUAUGGACGCAAUGUAACGUAGAUCUGCUGACACACUGAAUGUGGAAGGACAUGAGACGUUGUACUGUGGGGAAUUUUCAACCAGCACUAUUUUUUCAUUGUUGCAACAGGCUACUUCUUACAGAAUUAAACACAACUUACUGCAAGCUA